CGGAAAUUCGAGUCUGUGCCAGUCUGUCGAUCGUGUUUCUCCAAUGUGGUGCGCUUCAUCUCGGUCUUGUUCCGAUAUUGACGAUCUUCUUCAUCAUGUUCCGAUAUUGACGAUUUCUCCAUCCCAUCGUCGACACGACAGCCAUAUAAUUCCUUCACAAUCUUCCCUAGUUGCGGAGGGCCGACCCGGCCGGCGGAGUGGUAGGGGAUGUUAGUAAGUACACAACGCGCCUGAUAUUUAUUGUUUAUUCUUGACUUGUUUCGUGUGUAGUAUUGACAUUUCUUCUGAGACACCAUCUUUAUGAAAGCAUGGUGAUUAGUACUCAGUCCUCGCUCUAAAGCUUCUCAUUCUUCUAAAUAACUAAGGAUGCUUGAUACUACAAGAUUAUUAUAUCAAAGACACGCGCUCUAUUUUUCCUAGCAUACUUACUUACUUAGUUGGUAGUUUGUUGUGUUAGUUGAUAUGUGUUUGUUUAGUUCUGAUACCUAGUAAGUCGUACGUUUAAAUUGCAUUUACAUGUAUAUCAGCUCGCCAUGCACUGCAGCUAACUGCAAGUGGAUAUCCACCCAUUUGAUUUUCCUAUCAACUUUAGCUAUUCAAGCAUAGAUAAGACUAGGGUUGUCAAGCUAUACAUAGGUCAUAGAUCUAAUUCGGCUAAAGUAUUGUAUUCUUUAAAGUCCCUCACUCUGAUUUACUUUAGAGAACGUUGAUGAAGAUCAACCGUAUCUUGACUUUUUGCCAAUAAUGAUCUGUUACUCAAUUACCACGAAAAACGAACCUCAAUCUUUUUUCCCUGAAAUGAAACCAUAAGCACGUCACCACAUCCUUGUUUGAUGUAAAAAAUAGAGGUGAAUACCUACAUCUAAUGCAUCUUUCAGGUUUUUUUUUGAAAACAAAUAUGUAGCACCUCCAUUCUUGCUGCUCUUCUUCUCGCUAAACAAGAAGCAGUCGUCCACCUCUCACUGUGGCUUUCUUGUACUGCAUUGCACUGGCUGUUGCUUGUGUGGGUUUUUGCGACACACUGAGAUACAAAUAGCUGCGCAAGGGCAAGGUCGUGCGCCCGAGAAGAGAGGCGUGUUCGCUUUCAUUCGGAACACCAGGAAACAAGCACACAUCCUCGACAUGAUGAAAUCUUCAACGGCGGCUCGACGACAUGCUUGGGCUGGGUGUGAGUUGGAGGACGACUAUGUCGCUUUUUUGACGAAAAGCGGCAUAUCAGAACACGACUUCCGAAGCAUACCACCAUUAGACAGGGUGAAACUCAGGAAAGAGUAUUUCUUUAAUUUUUGUGCUUUUUAUCACUAUACUAUUACCUGGUGCAUAGUUUUUCUUUUUGUUGAUUUUUUGACUUGAACUUUUGUUGAUUCUGCUUUAUUUUGCUAGCAGUGCGUCUGCCCCCGUGGGUUAUUUCUGAAAGGCUACGUACUAUUUUAUGAAUAAAACCCAGAUAUGACGCCCUAUGGUGGGAAAUGCAUCCUGCGAGGAGUAUAGAAUCCCUAGCCGCAGCAGGCUGUUCGAGUACGUGCUCCACGACUACGAGUAGUUCGUGUGGCCGAUCCGUCGCAGCAACUUGCGGUAGUCGUGGUGCCGGAGGUGGGUCUGCGAGUACCACUAUCGUCUCAACAUCGAGCUCCGGUGCCUCGAGCUCCUCCGGUGCCUCGAGCUGUAGUCAAUUUUCGGGUUCCUCUCUUCAUACUGGAGGUGGAGCACAUCUUCAUACUGGAGGUGGGUCACUACAACUCGGUGGAGCAACCUCGUCAAGUGGUGGAGAUCACAGUGGAGACUACUCACACGCGUCGUCGACGUGCUGGCCACAGGUAUAAUAUUGAGUUUUUUUUUCCUCCUACGAACGUGACAGUAUAGUCUAGGGGUUGGUAUGCUAGCCAAUGAUAGACUUCAUGGAAUGGAACGUGACACGAGAUUUCACACGACUAUCAACAACUUCGACUCAUCAACUUCUCGCUUUUCGAAUCGAGAAGAUCCUUUAAAAAGAAUUUGGUUGCACAUUCUCAGGUUGGCGACGUGGUGAAGAUUGGUGGCACUAACAUGCUAGUUGACGCAGCAGAACGAAUGCUACAUCCUUUAGAUCCUGAUUGGCUAGUAGCGAACCAGGGAACCGAAGUUUACGUUACAUAUAGCGAAAUAGACCCGAGAGGCGAUAAAUUGUGGCUCUAUGGAUAUGGGGUACUACUCAUUUUGUUUGAUUUUUCGAUGCUCGUGAAAAUGAUGAAUGCAAUAGUUUUCUUUGUAUCUUCGCGCCCAUAAUCUGUGAUCUAGUUCUCGUCCGACCACAGUACCUUACCCAGGAGCCAGACAUUAUUAACUGAAAACAAGAAAAAAAACGAACCUUUUCUAGGUCGACAGCGAUGCAAGGGGUUGGUUUCAGCGGAAGGUUUCUGCAGAGUAUGGGAGCAUCGGAGCUUCACGUGAUAAACGUGAAACUAUUUUCGCGCAAGAACUUGGAUGAUACUUGGAAAAUUGAUUUGGAAGAUGAUGAGGCCAGAAGAUCUUCAAAGAGGCGAUACGGGUAUCAAGGAUCUGUGGCGGUGUGGUUCUUUCCCGAUAAACGAUUAACUUGCUUCAACAGGAUGGAUCAAAGAAAUAAAAAUGUGAGUUAGUUUUAUUCUUUGCUUCAACAUACGUAAUUCAUCUUACAACUAGACCUUCAAGACAAUGAUCAUACCGAUAGCUAUCAAGAUCAUCAACAGCUAUCAUCUUUAGACGACUACAAAGCGAAAAUGACAACGAUUUUUCACGUAGCCUGUGCAUGAACAGAAUUUAGUGCAGUUCAUUUCUCUGUAUAUCUAUCAUUUGAUGAACGCAAUACCGAGAUACUAGUACAUCAGUCAGUGUAGUUGUCGUUCUUAUUUUACUAAGUACUGCAAGUACAAUCCCGACAAGAACCAAAUAUGCUGGACGUAGGUGAUAAAAAUGAAGAAGAUGAAGCAUAAUAAGCUGGUGGAGAUCAAGGUGGAGAUACUCGUGCUAGAAACUACAGAACUGUUAUGACAGACUACAAGAACCUGAACCUCGCAAGUAAUAGGUCGUUGCGUCGAUUAUUUGGCAUAAAAAGUGCUAGAAAUCUAUUGUACAAAUAUAAGGACUUAAAAAAGUUUAAAGAGAACUCAUUAUGCACACGCUCACGCAGACGCACCGUGCUCAUGACUAGUAGUCUAUAGGGAAAAAAAUGCACAAGCAUACUCGUGAUGAACAGCCGCAGAACUUUGAAAAUUUUCGCAUUCGACGCACAACGCAAAAACAUAAUGAUCUUGUUCUUAUUUUCUAGCGAUCUCUUUCUCUUCUUUCAGAUGUAGCAGAGGAAGGCCAUCGAUUAACCUAUUUUAUUCCAAGACAACAUCAACAAAGAAGAAAUGAACUCAUCUUCUUCAACCAGAAGUAAGCGAAUGUUGAAGAUAGAUGAUUUUGAUUUCUUUCUCUAGAAGUAAGUGCGACCUAGUAGAAGAGGUUUAAUUAUUCAUCAUUGCACAUGAAGACUGAAUCAACAUGUAGUUAAAAACACACAUUGCCCAAAGCUGAAUUGCAUUUUGAGACUAUUCGCGCACGCUUAUGAAGAAGAUUCAUCUGUCAACGCAAUCUAUACUAAGUACAUAGUUAACAAAGCAAAACAGAGAAGCUUCCGAGGUAUAGC